AUGGCGACGACGCAAGAGAGCAGCAGUUUUGGACAGGUCAAGGCCGACAGCAAGGGUGUCGGUGUUGUCCAACAGGCUGCUGCGAAUGAGUACUUCUGCAAACGGUGCGACCAAACCAUGGGCUUCGAUUUGAAAGACGAACACGAAGACUGGCAUUUCGCACGGGAUUUGCAGGAGCAAGAAGAUGGCAGUACCACAGCUGCACCACCGACGACUCAGGCAACUGCGAAACCUCCACCGGUGGACAUCAAACAGGCGGGCACAGGGGAUAGUCAUGACCAUGACCCUCCAGGUUAUGCGCCACCGUCAUAUCCGCCACCCGGUGCUGCUGCGAGCCGACCAGCGACGACCACCUAUCGCCAUACCAACCAGGUCAUCGAAGCGGGCAAAGUGCGUGCUCGAGACGAGCAACAAAUGCAGAAUGCCCUGCAAAAGCUGCAAUACCAGUAUCGAAUCUACAAUAGUGACAUCGAGCCCGAACACGAGACAGAUUUCUACUGUAGCUGCCCCAUCCACGUCUACCAGAGGAUGAAAUACAACCGAUAUGGAGUGCAGGAAAUGUGGUCGCGGGCAGUCAUGUAUCCUGGCGAGAAGUCCUACAACGACAAUCCUAUGGCGCCGACCCUCUUCAGUGGGAAUCCGUACAGACUCCGCGUCAUUUCGCCCUACGGCUACAAUCAGUCUUCCUGGGGAGCGCAAGUCCCCCGGGCGAAAUACCACGCCCAGUCGAUCCAUCAGACCAUUGCCCUCAACAACCGCCUGAAUGCGGAGGCGCUGGCCAAGAUUGAGGCGCUGGAACCAAAGGUCGACAUCUGGAAUGAUGCUGCCCUAGAAGCUGCAAUGUCUCAGCUGAGCAUCAUGGCCAGCAUUGACAGGAAGGCAUCAACCAAGGCAGGCAACGAGAAUGACUCUCGCCAACUGCCAGAAAAAGGAACCUCCUCCACGGCGAAUGGAAGUGCGGAGAGACCUGGCAAGUCAUCGAGACUUUCCAGUUUCAGGCAGUCGAUUGGGAUCAUGUCGUCGAAGGAGAAAGCAGUCGCGAAGACAGAGAAGAUGGUCGAUCGGGGUCGUGAGCUGCGCAACGCCAUCCUCGCCGAGGAAGCAGGCCGGUGGCCGGACGAGCAGUGGCGGCACAUCGUGGCCGUGUACCAGGAGAAGGUGGGUAUGACGGGGAAGAUUGCUCACCUGCGCGCCCACCAGCCCAUCCAGUACCUCCACCUCCUCCGGGCCGGCUACUUUGAGCCGAUUCCUGUGGCGUGGGCGACGCAGGCGUCGAACCCACUCAAGUUUAGCAUCGAAGCGGCGGCGGGCUGGAGAGGCAUCACGCCAGCUUGGCGAGGGUAUGAGGACACUGCCGAGGAGCGGCUCUACUGGGUCUUGAACCACCGGGAAGGCAGCGUCGGCGUGAGAUUGAAGCCCGACUUCAUCUCGGAGAUGGACAUGGCGCGCGCCAGAAUGGCGACGGCCGUCGAGCCGCCGCCCGAGUACUACUCGGCCACCGACACCUGCCACAUGCAACACACCUCGGAGGGCUACUCCAAGCAAGUCAUGCCUCGACCCUUUGUGGCCUACGACCGCCCCGAAGUCCCGACCGACGACACCAUGAUUCUGCUGGAUGUGUCUGGGUCCAUGGACUUUGAUCCGGUGCGACCACAAUACGACCAGUAUCUGAUCACGGGCUAUGCCCGGUCCACACAGCCCAAGAACAAAGACGUCGCCAAGGCCAUCAUCCGCCGCUUCACCGACGCGAUGGCGAACCACGACCACCAAUUCCAGGGAUACGACCUGGUGACGUUCUCCAACUGGGCCGAGCACAUCGGGACGGUCAACCACGCGAACCUCGACCAGAUGUGGCGGCGGAUCCAGAUCGGCGGCGGCACGCGCGUGAUGACGGGGUGGCAGAAGGUGAAGGAGCUGCACUUCCAGAAGCACUCGGCGUCGGCCACGCACCACCCGGUGUACGGGUGGCAGGCCGGACCGGCGACGCCGAUGCUGCGGCUCCUGCUGCUGCUGGACGGCGAGGCCACGGACAUGGACGAGUUCGAGCUGGACCUGCUGGGCCUGUCGUGGGCCCACGUCACCAUCUUCCUCAUCGGCGUCGACGGCUGCCCGCACCACCACCGCCACGCCAACGAGCUGCAGCGCAUCAGCGACGUCAACCACCACGUCUCCUUCGUCGACGCCCAGGGCAACACACCCGAGCGCUUCGUCACCCACGAGCUGCUCAAGAGGCAUCUGGGCUACGAGAUCUCCCUGUCCGAGUUUGAGCAGAUGGAGGAGCUGCCGGGGUAUACGCCGUGA